CUGGGAAGAUAUGGAGCGCUAUGGACACAGUCUGCGCGAGACUGGAAGGUACCUCAAGUAAAGAGAUAAAUAUUUCUCCAGCAAGCGAUUUGAGAAACUGAGAGGAGAGGAAGGGUGGCCCGGUUGAGGAUGGAGUGUGCAUUUGACGCACAGAAUCUGAUCUCCAUUUCUUUGAGGAAAAUCCAGAGCUCCAGGACGCAGAGAGGAGGCAUCAAGCUCCACAAGAACUUGCUGGUAACGUACGUCCUCCGAAACGCCAGGCAGUUCUACAUGAGCAAAAACUCGUCGCCAACCCAGAGGACGCCUCCGUACGAGGACGUGGCGGCGGUGCGCGACAGGCAAGAAUACCUGGAGUUGACCGGGAGCUUCACGGAGUUGGCUGAUGACUUCUACUGCAACUUUACCGGGGUCGAGUCGAGCGCCUGGCACUGCGGAGCGCACCAGUCCCACAGCCAGCCAGCAGAGGUGGCGCACCAAGACGCAGCCGCGUGCGCAAUGGUUCCACCAAGUGACUCUGACCUGCUGGUUUCGGACGCCUGUUGGAGCUGCUCGGACAAACCUUCCUGGGAGCUGACGAUCCCGAACACGCAGGCCAACCAGAAGACCGUCCUGGACUUGGACACUCAUGUGGUGACGACUGUCACGAACGGAUACUUCCACUCGGACUGUUGCGCGCAGGGCGCGCAGUGCCUCUCCAAAAAGCGAAAGGUGGACACGAGUUACUACAUUGUUGACCCGGAGUUUUACUUGCCGGACUUUGGGGCCGUGCCAUGUAAGAGGAUGAGAAGUGAGGAUGACUUCUCAGACUCGGAGCAGUUGGACAGCACAAACAUCUCCAACCUGAUCUCGGUGCUGGGAUCAGGUGGACUGUCUGAGUUUGUGAGUUGGCAGCAGACGGACCUUGAGCAAAUAUUCACCACUCAAACAAUUUGCCUAAAACACACACUGCUGACAGGCAGUGGUUGGACCAGAGCGAUCGAAGCAUUUUGAUUUGACAUGAUUGUUGUUAUUUUUUUGUUGAUAAUAUUAUUGUUGUAUCGUUACUUUGUUGAUUUGAAAUAAACCAUGACACGACUGCAAUUCUCACUCUCUCUUAUUGCUGAAGAAUAUUGCUGAAAUGUCUUCUCUUCAUUGCCUGUAUGACUUUCUUGCACACUGACUUUUUUUCUCGUGCCAAUUAAUGUCCUUACCGCACAUAUAAAAUAAAUGUUUUUUUCUUCUUCUUGUGUUUCGUUUCGGGGGUAGUGGAGUCUGUCCUUGGUUUGGAUUUCCUGAGGAAAAUCGUCAACACUGUCUCUCUGUGUGGAAGGAUGUUGGACGAGCACCAUCAUGUGGCCAGUAAAGAUCUGUACAGAAUCAUGCACCAGCGCAGAAUAUCUCUCUGUAAAUGUAUUUACGUCAGGGCCUGCCUUGCAAAUAAAAUUAAGAUUGUUUAAAAACAAACAAA